UGGGCCCGGUUCCGGGCCGUCCGGGACGGCGCCGGGGCCAUGUCGGCGCCGCAGCCGCUGCAGAUCCGCGAGGCGAACGCACACCUGGCGGCCGUGCACCGGCGCGCGGCGGAGCUGGAGGCGCGGCUGGACGCGGCGGAGCGCACAGUGAGCGCCCAGGCCGAGCGCCUGGCCCGCCACGACCAGCGGCUGCGUGCUGCUCUGGAGGAGCUGGGCCGCGCCAAGGACUGUGAGAUUGCCGCCCUCCAGCAGCAGCUGCUCACCUCCGAGGCCACUGUCCACAGCCUGCAGGCCGCCCUGCGCCAGAGGGACGAGCUCAUCGGGCAGCUGCAGCCCCGGGCCGAGCUGCUGCAGGACAUCUGCCGUUACCGGCCACCCCUGGCCGGGCUGCUGGCCACCCUGGCCCAAGCUGAACGCCUGGGGCCCCUGCCGGCCGGAGACCCCAGCCAUCCACCCCCCAGUGAGCCCAGUCCACGCCUUGCCAACAGCACCGGGGACGAGGAGGACAGGGGUCACCUGCAGCCUGCAGUGUUUGGGACCACCGUGUGAGCCCUGGAGCACAGACUCCACAACGGAGACGGAGUUCCGCUGCUGGGGUGUCCCCUCUGUGUCUGAGAGGGGGCCCAGUGGCAGAGCCACAGACCUUUCCAAGCAUCAAAACCUGCAAAAAAGUCAUAGGUUUCAAACAGGCAGCCUGUGGGCCAAAGGCAGAUGUGUAGCCCAGACGGAAGGCUUUGGUUUUGUUUUGCUGUUGUCGUUUUUAAAGAUUUGAAAUAAUCUGCACGCCCAGUGUGGGGCUGGAACUCAC